ACCCCCUCCGUCCCUAUCGCUACGCUUCCAGUUAUUGGGUCGUGUCCCAUUUUUCCCUAAUCCUCUGGUCACGUGACCCAACCCACUUCACUUCUCUCUUUAAGCAGACGAAAAAGAAUUCGUAACGUCAAUUUGAAAACCCCUCUUUCUCUCUCACGAGAUACAUAUAUACUCUGGACUCUACACUGAUUUUGAAGAAAAUGGAGAAUUCUUCUGAAAAUCUGGAUGAUGGAAUGUUAUGGCUACCGUCUGAUAUUUUCCCUGUAGAAGAAGUUUCAGUUACUUUUACUCCUCCCAAGUUUAAAAACAACCACCCCACUACCUCUACUUGUUGCUGUUACUCUUGUAAUGAUCAUCUCUCUUUAAUGGCUGAACAACAAGAAACUGAUAAUGAAAAUAUCAUUCAAAGCUUCGCUGCUUUUUCUCUUCUUCAUCAACGUAACCACCACCUCCCUCAUACCCACUAUGUUCCAAAGCCAUUUCCCAUUUCUGAGCGGUUCAGACCGGUAGAGAGGUGCAGGUGUACGGAUUGUUCCCUUUCUGGGUGUGUUGAACGAAAUAGAGGGGGAGAGCUGCUUCGGACCGGCGGUGUUUAUCCGUACCAGUUUUAUACACCCCAGGUUGAGAGCUUGAUUGAAGCAAGAAGUAGGGUUUUGCAGAUGCAAGAGAACCGGUUCAUCAGAAUGCGUAACCUGAGAAUAAAUGAAGACCGGUUCAUGGGAAGCCGGUUUUUUCCAUUUGUGGGAAGUGGAUAUGGAGGAGGAGGUAGUUCUACUUCUGGUGGAACAGGUGUUUUCCUUCCGAGAGUACCCACUAACAUCAACGAUUAUCGUAAUCAUCCUCAUGCUAGAAAGAGACAAGAAACUGAUCCAAUGCCAAUUUUGAUUGCUGAAGGUGUUCCUAGCUUCAGCCUUUUACCAUAUUUUGCCUUGAGGAACAGAUGA